AUGUAUAAAAACAUACAUGUACCUUAUCCAUUUACCGACAACGCUAAAAAGAUACACAGCUGUUAUUUAAUCGCACCAGAUUAUGAAAAUAACAAAUAUUCAUUGCCUAAUGAAUAUGUGCUCAGAUUUACGUGGAAAAGCAACUACACUGCACCACUACACGAAAAGUUGAAAGCUGGAGCUAAAGUGAUUGACGUUGCCUAUGUUGUUGAUAAUGCGUAA